GUCGGAGAUAAAGGGGCAACCCCACAUUGGAUAUAAGCAUCAGCUGUGGAAUACAAAGGCGAACUUUAACUCUCCACAACCAAAAUGGUCACCACAGAUGUCUCCGGGACAGACGUCACGGGCACUGACGUCACGACAGACGCCUCUUGGUCGUCAGACAACUACACCUCGCCAUAUCUGGAUAACAUUACGACCGAGGCCCCUUGGUACAUCUUCGGCGACCUCAAGAUCCAUCCGCACUGGUGGCAGUAUGACAUGACCCAGAUACCAGACUACCACUUCUAUAUUAUUGGCAUUUAUAUUGGAAUCGUCGGAUUAAUAGGAACAGUUGGCAAUUCCGUGGUUAUUUAUACGUUUUUUAAAACAAAAUCCAUCCAAACUCCGCCCAACAUGUUGAUUGUUAAUCUCUCUGCGUCCGAUCUGAUCUUCUCCGCUGUCAACGGAUUCCCCUUGUUUACUAUAGCAAGUUUCAACAGGAUAUGGACGUGGGGCAUGAAAACCUGUGAAGUGUAUGGUGCGAUCGGCGGUAUCUUCGGCCUGAUGUCCAUCAACACGAACGCCAUGAUCGCCCUGGACCGAUACCUGGUCAUCGCGCAGCCAUUCGAGGCGCUCAAGAGGAUGACCAAGAACCGUGCGUUCAUUCUCAUCGUGUUGGUGUGGUUCUGGUCUUUCAUUAUCAGCCUUAUGCCUUUGGCUGGAUUUGGUGCUUACAUCCCGGAAGGCUUUCAAACCUCCUGUACAUUCGACUACUUGACUCAAACACCUAGCAACUACGCCUUUAACAUCGGCUUGUAUGUUUUCGGUUUCUUAAUUCCUGUUUUAAUCAUAUUUUGGUCUUAUUACAAAAUCGUCCGCGCCGUUAUGAUUCACGAAGAUGAAAUGGCAAGAAUGGCUCAGAAACUUGGCGCCAAGGACAUGCGCCAAGGGUCCGACAGGCGGUCUGAUAUCAAGACCGCCAAGGUGUCUGCAACCUUGGUCCUACUCUAUCUGAUGUCCUGGGGUCCAUACUCCAUCGUCUCCCUGGCAGCGUUGCUAGGAUACAGGAGCUUUCUUAACCCCUACAUGUCUGAGAUCCCCGUGAUAUUCGCCAAGACGAGUGCCAUCUAUAAUCCAAUAGUGUACGCAGUCAGCCACCCCAAAUUCCGUUUAGCUAUGUCCAAGCAAGUACCCUGGUUGUUCAUUUGUUGCAAACCACCACCUUCUCGUGGCCUCAGCAAAUCUGGAAGUAUGGUGAGCGAGCGCAGUACUUCUAGUAUUAUGGAACACGGUAGUGUAAGGAAGACAAAGAAUGUAUCUACUAUUGAAGGUGGUCCAUCAGCUGCGGUGAGCACGACGACGUUAGCGAGCAAUCUCGGUGAAACGGAAAUGAAGGAUAUCAACUUAAGCAAGGCUGACACGCCGGAUGAGGAAACAACGAGUAAGUUUUGAUCGUCCAAUUUGGCAAUAUCUUGUAGUGUUCGUCGACUGUUUGGUGAGCAGUUAGAGGAGCAUUAUAGGCAGGAGCUACGAUCUCGAAACUCGAAUGUCGAGCUGAAGGAAUUGGGAUUGCUCUCACUCAGAAGUGAUGAAAUAUUCCUCAUACAAGCGUGGACAGUGCCGAUGCAUGUUCUGCCAAAUAGAGUAUAGAGACACAUUUCGGUGACUUCGUAAAACAUAAUCUGGUCCACGUGACUUUUGCCUAUAGCCUCCUUUUAACUGAAAUCAUGAUAUUUGGUUUUUAUUCCUAAACUGGAUUUAAUUGCCUAUAACAAGCUAAUGACUAUCAUCAUAAAACAAGGAAUUUGUCAUAGUCUGUAACAAGAGGAAAUCACGUUAUUUCCUCCUGUCAGUGAUGAUGAGAGGGAUGCCAUCGGUUGGUAACAUCGCAAUAGCACUCAGUUAAACAGGAAAACCAAUGUCAUUUGGUGAUUUGUGAUUCCACCACAUUCGCUGUCAUAUUUCUUUUCAUUGUUGUUCAGGUUAUGACUCUUCGGAAAUAUCAUACUUUUUAUUGUUUCCAUCAGCUUAUCAACUAUAUAGGACCAUUAUUUUUUCGGUAUAACAACCACUAUCAUAGUCUUUAGGUGAUGGCUGAUCAGAACCUGGAGAUCCGUAUAUGGCUUCGUUAGUGUACGCUUCACUGUACACCAAAACUGAACCAACAAAAGUUUUGCCUUGCGAUGUCUCAUGCCCUGCGACAUGGCAAAGCGGAUGGUUUUGUUUGUUCAGUUUGGGUGCAGUGAAGCACUGGCAUAGAAUAAAGCCAUGAUGGGUGUGUUCUCGCAAUCGCACUCAGUGGAAACCUAGCCUUCGUGUAAACCUUCUCUGAGUGAGGACUACUUGUCAUGCCGGCAUUUUUGGAAUGGAAAUGCAUGAAGAGCGAUUCAAUCGCUUUUACUGCCAUCGUGAUAGUUUGGUCUUGCACAUUAUCACCACUUUGUACACAAUUGUGAUUGAAUUUGUGUUCGUGAUUUUGCAAGUUUUGUUAUAAUUAGGCUCAUGCCGGUUUUGCACGCCUUGAUAAGAAUAGCUUCGAACGAAGAAAUACGAAGUAUAAAUAAAUGUAUUUUAGCGACGAUUUGCUUUUCAAAAUUGUCUUACUUUCCAAUCACAAUCGUCGUGUGGUGUUGUCAUGGCUACGUCGCAGGUCGCAGCGAUAGAAAUCGCUUGUGGUAUCGUCGAUCGUCGACAAGAAAAAAAGGGAUUUGCAUACAUGUAGCUCAUAAUUCGUUAUUCGUUGUUCUUUUUAAUGUUAGUGGCGGAAUUUUCCUAAUGCUUGCUAUGGAAACUAUAUACAGGUGGACAUCUCAUUUGAUCUCAAAGUUACCAGACUCUUCCUUUAAUACGCCAUAAACGAAUAACUGCUUCCCCUCUGGGCCUUUCUCUUUUCGAUUUGUUUCGAGACAAAGAUGACCCUCACACUUCCGUAAUUUGCUCGGGUGACAGCCGAGUACAGAGUAUGAUGUACGCGACGUCUGAUUGGGCAAUUAUGAAACAGUUGCGAAGGGAGUGAACGGGAUCUGCUGGAAUUUCAUUGACGAUCAUAUUUACGCGUCACGAUCCAAAUCCAUCAUCGUCAUCGUUAUCUCACAUCAUCUUCUUCUUCAUCGCCAUCAUCACCUUCAUCGUCAUCAUUAUCAUCAUUUUCUUCAUCGUCGUCCUCGUCACCGUCACACGUCAUCGUCAUCGUCAUCAUCAUCAUCGUCCACGUCCUCGUCACCGCCACACGUCAUCGUCAUCAUCUUCACCAUCAUCGUCGUCAGCGUCAUGAUCAUGAUCAUCACCAUCACCAUCAUCAUCACCAUCGUCAUCAUCAUCAUCUUUGUUCUCACCACCACCGCCAUCCCCAUAGAUAGUUCCCUCUUUAUUAUUAUUGAAAUUGACUUUUGAAUUCCUUCCUCGUGACUCAAACAAACUCGCAGGUGUUUUCUGGGCUGACGUUCCUGUAUCGAACACGUCACCAGAAGUAAUCGUAUCCCGCUGUUAUGCCUUCGUUAAAUCAGAUAUCUUUAUAUCGCACAAAAUGUUAUUUUGCUGUUGGUAACCGGGUAAAUUAAAAAGGAGCUGAUAUUCCUCUGACUUAACUUCAAAGAAAUGCGGAUUUCAACAUUCAAAACAUCUCAUGUUAAAAAUGCGUCUACGUCUGUAAAAUGAGUAUCCGGUAGUUGUCAUGUUACUCGUGUUACAUGUAGGUUAUCUGCUGAAGCUGCAAGAAGCCUCAUGCGUCGGUGUAUAUAAAAGAUUUCGAUACAGUUGGCCGGGCCGUGCUUCGACGGAUUAUGCAAGUUACUUUCUUGCGAUCCAUCGACGGAUGAAGCGAUUAAGCGCAACAAGUUUAAAAUAAUUUUGUAUAUAUGUAUUAUACUAAUUAUGUUUUUGACCACAUGUAUAAGUAUGUUUAAUCCGUGUUCAUUAAUAUACAUGUACCUUGUUGAAGUCUUUUCUUUCUUGAAUGUUUGGUUUUACAAUGUAUCGCGUAUAACGAUGUUGGCUGCUUUGAGAGUUUCGUUUACCGUUAAGGGUUUGCAAAUGGAUUAGCCAAUCUUUA